AUGGAUUUUUCUUUCUUUCUUUUUGUCUUUCAUUCUUCUUUCUUUCUUUCUUUCUUUCUUUCUUUUUGUCUUUCAUUCUUCUUUCUUUCUUUCUUUCUUUCUUUUUGUCUUUCAUUCUUCUUUCUUUCUUUCUUUCUUUCUUUUUGUCUUUCAUUCUUCUUUCUUUCUUUCUUUUUGUCUUUCAUUCUUCUUUCUUUCUUUCUUUCUUUUUGUCUAUCAUUCUUCUUUCUUUCUUUUUGUCUUUCAUUCUUCUUUCUUUCUUUCUUUGUUUUUGUCUUUCAUUCUUCUUUCUUUCUUUCUUUCUUUCUUUUUGUCUUUCAUUCUUCUUUCUUUCUUUCUUUCUUUUUGUAUUUCAUUCUUCUUUCUUUCUUUCUUUCUUUGUUUUUGUCUUUCAUUCUUCUUUCUUUCUUUCUUUUUGUCUUUCAUUCUUCUUUCUUUCUUUUUGUCUUUCAUUCUUCUUUCUUUCUUUCUUUAUUUCUUUCUUUGUUUUUGUCUUUCAUUCUUCUUUCUUUCUUUCUUUCUUUUUGUAUUUCAUUCUUCUUUCUUUCUUUCUUUGUUUUUGUCUUUCAUUCUUCUUUCUUUCUUUCUUUCUUUCUUUUUGUCUUUCAUUCUUCUUUCUUUCUUUUUUUCUUUCUUUUUGUCUUUCAUUCUUCUUUCUUUCUUUCUUUCUUUGUUUUUGUCUUUCAUUCUUCUUUCUUUCUUUCUUUCUUUAUUUUUGUCUUUCAUUCUUCUUUCUUUCUUUUUGUCUUUCAUUCUUCUUUCUUUCUUUCUUUCUUUCUUUGUUUUUGUCUUUCAUUCUUCUUUCUUUCUUUCUUUCUUUUUGUAUUUCAUUCUUCUUUCUUUCUUUCUUUGUUUUUGUCUUUCAUUCUUCUUUCUUUAUUUUUGUCUUUCAUUCUUCUUUCUUUCUCUGUUUUCUUUCUUUUGAUAAUUUUAAAGCUCUCCUAUUUUUCCGAUUUUUCAUUUAAUUAUUUAUUUAUUUAUAUAUAUUCCAAUGUUUACUUCUUGUUCUUUCUUUCUUUCUUUCUUUCUUUCUUUCUUUCUUUCUUUCUUUCUUUCUUUCUUUCCCAAUUCUUUAAUUCACAUUCUUUAAUUCUUUCCAAAAUAUAUUCCUUUUUUUAUUUGCCUCUCUUUUCGUCGUUUUUUAUUUGUAAUUUUCCUUUCUUCAUUUAUUUCAUUCAUUGUCUAUUCUUUCUUUCUAUCUCCAUUAUUUUCUCUUUUAACCCAAGUCUCUUUUCAUGUUUCAUUCUUUCGCCGAGCUUCUCAUUCUUUCAAAUUCUUCCUUUUUCUUUGUUUACGCCUUUCAAUUUUAUUCCUUUAUUUUAUCAUUUCAUUUUCUCUGUUCUUUUUCCAUUCCCUUUUAUUUCCCUGGAAAAUUUGUUAUCUCUUACGAAUAAUCAUCGAAAAAUCAUUUGUUUCAACCAUUGCUUUACAGCUGAAGCAAAAGCCCUUUGUCAUUCCAGGAAUCCAGCCGUCUUUCUCUCUCUCUCUCUCUCUCUCUCUCUGUCUCUGUCUCUCUUUCUCUGUCUCUGUCUCUCUCUCUCUUUCUCUCUGUCUCUCUGUCUCUCUGUCUCUCUCUCUCUCUCUCUGUGA